GAAGGCACGAAAUUGCGUGAACUCUUGGAUAUACUCAAAGGGAUGCCAAUUGUGAUCACAGGGCCUACGGAUAAAACAUUUGUUGACAAUAUUAUGGAUGCCUUAAAUCUAUUGGUCUUAAAAUGUGAUGAUUAUAUACAAGAUGUCAUCAAACUGUUUAAACGGUUAAAUAGUUUUCAGAGUAUCUGUCAAAGCGAUCAAAUGAUUUUAAUUAAAUACUCUUUGCUGGAAAUCAAAAUUUUACGAUUAAUUUCAAACUUCAACUUUGAGGGCCAAUAUUGGACUUUAGACACCGAAAAUAAUUGUUCAACACUUAUGAAGUUAGAUCUAUUCAAACAAAUCAAUUUCGUUGCCCAACCAUUCAGACCGUAUUACGAUUACAAGAAUUUCUAUCAGAAUAUGGGUCUCGACUGGAAUUCAGACAAUUUGAUCAUUGAUUUGUUAACCGCUAUUUUACUAUUCAACGCCGAGAGACCAAACUUAAUCAACAGAGAAAUGAUCAAGCGAAAUGCGCUCAAAGAAUCGGUUAAGUCUUAA